AUGAAGCGUUCACAUUUGGCUCGAUUUUUCGCUCACAAAUAUCAAGCUGCUAUUCGGGAUGAAGCAUUGAAAAAGAAGGAUCAGGGAAAAGAAGCAUCAACAGACGACAGGAACGAUUCAGGACCUCAACUGAAUGCUAUUUUCAAAUAUCAGAAUGCGUCGGACGAAAUAUUCGAAAUAUUACCUACGCUAUGGUAUGAGAGAAAGCGAGAACCCUUCAUUUCCGAUAAGAGUCACUGUAUUGUGUUCAAUGAUGCAUUCCUGUUUGAUUAUAUUCGUAAAACAAUUUCAUACUUUUCACACUAUAAUUGUGAUGCUCAUGAGAAGAAAAUGAUCGAAGGAAUGAAAUUGUUGGUAAAAUCAAGCUUGCACGGAGAAAGGUGUGACACCAAAAAGAUGGAGCGUGUAGUAGAAGAAUUGCUAGACCAAUGUAAUUCUCAAAUAUAUUAUUUAAAACGUAAUGUCACGAAUGGUAGCAGUAAUGUCAAGGAGCAGGAGCAAGUUUGGCAACGUUUCACUCUGAAGGCCUCUCUUGUUAUUUCUGCGUUAUUAAUAAUUUUGAACAUCACGUCAAGAUGGAAGCGAGAACAAGUACCAGAAGAGAGAGAAUUGAAAAUUCAAGAAUUCAACUUUUUGUCACUGCAAUUUAUUCAUGAGCUUUGCUUAAUGUCACACUCUGAACGAGUUCUACGUUCUUUAGAUAUUAUUGAACAAAAGAAAAAUCCUUCAUUUGUAAGAAAGGUAGCCAGAUUCUUCAAAGUACUUGUCAUAGAGAGAGCCUAUCAAUAUUCUUCAUUCAAUCAAGCGCUAUACUUUGUUUCAAUAUUUGGAAGUCGAUUAUUUCCUUCUCUCUUUAAGAAAUUAUUUGAGUCCAUUGAAAAAUUCAAAGGACAACAUAUUACUGAUUCACAACAUGGUAAAAAGAAAAAAACUUCAAGCAAUCGGUUACGAGACGUGGAAUUUUUAGGAUUUAUUGUUGGAUCAAUAUUUGGAGCAGGAGGUUGUGCAUCAGUAGUCCUUACAGGCCUCGAUUAUUUAAAAGAAAAGGGUCUUGGUACUCACAUGAAAGAUACACCUCUCAAAGUUGUUGGUGUUUCCAAGAGUUUUUGGAUGACAGUUGGAGCAUUGUUCGGUAUAUUUGUAAAUAUUGCUGUAAGACAUUCCUUGAGAAAAGGUGUGACAGUUGUUUUACAAAAGUAUUUGAAUAACCCACAAUUUAUCAAAAACACUGUUGGAAAGCAAAACGAGCUUAUGGCUAAAUUAAUGAUCCGAACUUUUGCACAAUUCAUGGACAAGGAAACAAAGAAGAUAUUAUUUCCUAAAUUCAAUGAUGAGAAGAAAAAGAUUCCAACGAACGAUAGACAAUCCAAAUCCAGCUCGUUAACUGUAUUCAUGAACGAUCCUUUUAUUCUCUCUCUUAUCAAAGAUAGAGUCACCUCUCUCAAGCACAUGAAUCCAUAUCUUGGCUCACUGAUAGAAAUGCUAUUGUCCGAGGAUGAGAACACUCUAUUUGGAAAAUCAAAGAAGCUGUACUCAUACAUAACCACUGUGAAAGCAAAAUAUUCAGGAAUAUUGAAUAGACUGAUACCAGUACCCUCAGAAAACUCAAAGUGGCACUACUGGAGCACCUACUUUGCAUUCUACUUUGCAAAUAUUUUCUCCAAACAAGUGGCCGACCUUGAAUUUGAACAAAAAGAGCAAGUUAUUUAUGAAUUGAAUUCAGGUUUGACAUCCAUUUUAAAUGCUUUUGUGAAAAGAGAGCAUUUUUUGAAUAAUGACCACGAGAAUCAUUCUGCUCGUUCCUUUAUGAGAACUUCCAAGCUUUAA